UUCGGCACAAUUUGUUGCCAAUUUGCCAUUCACCAUUUCCCUUGUAUUUGCAUAACAAAAACCAACGAGCAAAAUCGUUGUUCUUCCGACCAAUCGUCGUCUCUUUUACAUGGAAUCCUCGACCCGACCCGACGAUCAAGAUCCGGCGGGAGAAAACGAUGCCGAAUCGACGUUCCUCGACCUCACGAGCUGUCAGCUACGCGAUCUUGCCUCGGUGGAGCUGCCGCCCAAUCUCACAGAACUAGACCUAACGGCGAACCGUUUGACGGCGUUAGACCCCCGUAUUUCUCACCUCUCUAAUCUCAAAAAGCUCUCUUUGCGCCAGAACCUCUUCAACGAUGACGGCGUGCUGCCCCUCUCCGCCUGGCAUUCCAUCUCGUCCCUCCAAGAGCUUGUGCUGAGGGAUAAUCAGCUGAAGACAAUUCCAGAUGUUAGCAUAUUCAAAAUGCUUCUGGUCUUCGAUGUUUCAUUUAACGAGAUUUCUUCACUUGAUGGUUUAUCCAAGGUCUCAAACGCACUCAAAGAACUUUAUGUAUCUAAGAAUGAAGUGACGAAGAUGGAAGAAAUUGAGCACUUCCAUGAGCUGCAAAUUCUUGAGCUUGGAUCCAACAAAUUACGGGUAAUGGAGAACCUACAAAACUUAUCAUUAUUACAAGAGCUGUGGCUCGGGCGCAACCGUAUCCGUGCCAUUAACCUUUGUGGGCUAAAAGGAAUUAAGAAGCUCAGCCUUCAAAGUAAUCGAUUAACUUCUAUGGCUGGACUUGAGGAAUGUGUUGCGCUGGAGGAAUUGUACUUGAGCCAUAAUGGUAUUGCGAAAAUGGAAGGAUUGUCAACUCUCAUCAAUCUCCGGGUGUUGGAUGUGUCGUCCAAUAAGCUCACGGAAGUAAAUGACAUCGAAAACUUGGCAAAGUUAGAAGAUUUGUGGCUUAAUGACAACCAAAUAACAUCACUGGAUAACAUUGCGGAAGCUGUUGUGGGUUCUAAAGAUAAUCUCACUACCAUCUAUCUUGAGCGCAAUCCGUGUGCAAGUUCUCCUACGUAUAUUUCUGCUUUGAGGCAAAUAUUCCCAAACGUUCAGCAAGUUGACUCUGAAAUGUUUGCAUAGAGCUCCCCGUUUUUUCCAGAUUUCCGCUCUAUCUUCUAACUUAAAUAUAUAAGAGUGAUUGAAUUGAUUAUAAUUAAUCAUCUCAAAUUGGUUGUUGUUGAAUAUUUAUUCUUAUAAAUUGGUAGUCCAUAAAUUUUACUGGUUGUCAUAAAUUUUUUAAUGGGUAUUUAAAGAGUGUGUCCGGUUUUCUUCCCAACUUU